UUUCCCCUUUGCAGCCCUUUUUGUUGUGUUGUUAUUCAGUCCUUCAAAAAUGCGAUAGUGAACUAAUAAACAAAAUGAUAAGAGUGACCAGCGCUUGGGCAUAUUUUUCAGUUAACAUGCCUAGCGCUAAAAAAUUUGUGACCAUUAUUACUUUCAACGGUCACUUGUGCUGGAAUUCAAAAUACUUUUGCCCUUUGAAUGAUUUCAUGUUAGAUUGUUAGCAGACAGCACUAUCGUCUUGCCUUCAAGGUCUUGUUGUUUUAAAGCUUUCUUCUUGGUCAUUCCUGUACAUUAAAAGGGCCUUCGGCUAGUUCGUGUUUCACAAGUGCAGACAGUCUCUGACUAUCAGAAGUUCAAAAAAUGGCAGAUUUGUUUCUGCUACAAAUUCUCUCCAAGAGAAGAAACAUUGUAAUGAGUUUAAUAGGAGCUGCCUUCUGUGCUGUUUUGUAUGAGUGGAUUAGUAUCAAGAUAUUGGGUACUUUUGGAAUACUGUAUAUUGCAUUCCACCUCAGUGAUUUAACGACCAAGUUUCUUUACAACAGCCUUCCAAAACAGUUGAUUGAAAACACAAAUGACAAAGCUGUUGUGAUCACUGGUUGUGACUCUGGAUUUGGUAAUGCACUUGCAAUCAAAUUAGACGGCAUUGGGUUCAAAGUAUACGCCGGUUGUCUUGACGUGCGCGGUGAAGGGCCUCAAGAACUCAAAACGAAAUGUUCUAAACGGCUAAGUCUAAUUCCACUAGAUGUCACGAAAAGUGAUCAGGUUUCCGCCGCAACUCACCUGGUUGCUUCUACUUUGGAAGAUCGAAAACUAUGGGCCGUAGUGAACAACGCUGGAGUUGCCUGCUCAUCUGAAAUAGAAUGGUGCCCGAUCAACAUAUUCGAAAACAUGCUGGAAGUAAACACGUUAGGAACUGUUCGAGUGACGAAAGCUUUUUUACCGCUGCUGAGAGAAUCUCAGGGUCGGGUUGUCUGUGUUGCUUCUAUGGCUGGACGAGUUACUGUUCCAGGUUUCACUCCUUAUUCCAUGUCAAAAUUCGCCGUUGUGGCAUUUGCUGACGGUCUUCGACGUGAAAUGCAGAAAUGGGGCAUCAGUGUUCACUGUAUUGAGCCCAGUAUCUAUUCGACUAACAUCUCUGUCGUGGAACCGUUGUAUAAGAGUCUGAAGAACUAUUGGGAUCAAUGUCCGGAUGAAGUUCAAUCCUCUUACGGAAACGAAUAUCUGGAACAUUUCAAAGAAUCCCUAAGUGCUCACAUGAAGCGAGCUAAACCUGUUGGUAAAAUUACCGAAGUAGUGGACGAUAUGUUGGAUGCUGUAGCUGGAGCAGAGCCUUUGUUGCGAUACGUACCAGCUAUGGAUGUUCAAUUCCGUUCUCGUGUCUUGAUUUCGAUGCCAAUUGAAAUGCAGGACCACGUCCUCAAUCAAUAUUCUCCAAAGAUUCCUCCGGCGGCCGUGGUUGCCAAGCGGAGCAUGUUGCCUCCUCUCAAGAGUCCGUACAGCGGACAGAAAAGGCCGCCUCUCCAGCGUCACAUGUCCAUGCCCGCCAGGGAGAAGAAUUUACCGGAAACGCUUCAAGAACAGGAAGAGAAUGCGGAGCCCGCAUCAGCCUUCCAAUUUUCCUAAAUGGUUACCUUUUAUCACUACUAGAUUAAUCCCUUAUUUUAGCUAAUUACCAAUUUAUUCCCAACAAUUACAUUUUUAACUCUAUGGACCAAUGACAAUUGAAAUAUUAUACGCAACAUUUCAAUGUUAUAUGCAGUGUAUUGCUAGAUAUGAAAACUAAUGUACAACGACAGGGUACAAGGACCUGCAGCAGAAGCAGACAACUGUACAAAUCACAUCCCAAAUCCUCAUUUUUUUUUUUGUGACUCGGAGCAAAAAGGGGGAAAAAAAUAGGGACGCAAGGAAGUUUUUUUGGGGGGCACUCUUUAACAAACAAACCGCCAAUCAUGUAAAAGUAUUCACUUUGUUAAGAUCUGUAAAAUGUUUUCAUUUUUCGACAAUCGGCAAAUUCGAGUGAUUGAAGAGCAAUCGAAAACGGCCACAUUUUACAUUUCGUUAUUGUUUUCUUCAGGCAACCAAAAGAUAUUUUUGGUGCGGCCCCUAGAAACUACGAAAGACAAUCAUCCGCGUGCGAUAAGAUUCUUUAAAAAAUCUUGAAUCGACCUUCUGGUUUCUUUUUUUUCCCGUCUUCCCACCACUUAUUAUGCUGAAAAGAAUACACAGCAUUUGAAACUGAAAAUUCGCACAAGGACACGCGCGAGAAACAGGAAACGAAACAACGAAAUAAUUAUUGGAAAGGACACGUUGAAAAAAUCGGCAAAAAGAGACAGAAAUAACAGAAACAACUAAACCAAAGUUUUCAAUAUGCUUCUACAUCGCGUAUAGGUGUCGCCAGUAAAGCGCCACUAGUGUGUCGACAAUUCU